CUUUGCGUCUUGGUUGUUUGUUGGAUUUUUUAUUUAUUGUGCUUUUGUAUUCACCAAUGGAUCGAAGUAGUGCAUUUUAGAGAUAUUCUUUAUUGUUUGGCAGUACAAUGAUAAGCCAAGGCAGAGGGUCUGCUAAGCGCAAGGUGAAGCCGGUGGAACCUCAAUCCUUAUUAGAUUUCGAUCUUGGUGAAGGCGAGAGUUCUGAUGACUCAGACUUUCGCAUUGAAGACCAUCCGGAGGAAAGUGAUGAUUAUUCUAUCAACACUGACGAUGAAAAGAAAGGUGGAGGCAAAAGUGGCAGUUCUGGGGAGGAUUCUGGGUCAGAAGAUGGUGAAUUUAAACACUCAUCCAACAAGCUUGGAGAGGAGAUAUCAGUCUUUGAUCUCCUUGAAAGGGCUAAACAGCAGGAAUUCAAGUUUCCUGGCGACUUAGCGAAUGUGCUGAUAUGUGCUGGCUGUCUUGGUUCUCGUAGUGACGAUUUUAAUGAAAUUGUUGAGUGUGAUGGCUGCGGGGUCACUGUGCAUGAAGGUUGUUAUGGUGUUUCUGAUGUGACAAGUGAAUCAAGUACAGUCAGUUGUGCGUCAACUGAGCCAUGGUUCUGCGAGGCUUGCAAGGCUGGUGUGACUGACCCCAAUUGCGAACUUUGUCCAAACAAAGGGGGCAUUUUUAAGGAGACGGAAGUAGGAGCCUGGGUGCAUUUAGUGUGUGCGCUUUAUGUGCCUGGUGUUGCAUUUUCUGAGGUGGAACGUCUAUCCGGUGUGACAUUAUUCGAGAUGGCAUACUCCCGCUGGGGCGCUCGAUCAUGUGCUCUUUGCGAAGAUACAACACUCGCUCGCACCGGCGUGUGCGUCGGCUGCGACGCUGGAUUGUGCAAGACCUUCUUUCACGUCACCUGUGGUCAAAGAGAAGGGCUAUUGGCCGAGGCACAUUCGGAGGAGGUGGAACAAGCCGAUCCGUUUUACGCUCAUUGCAGAUUGCACUCUGAUAAAACUCUCGUCAAGAAACGUAAGAGAAACUGGCUUGCACUGCAAUUGAGGACUGCUAAAAGAAAAAUAGAGUUGCAAAACGACCUAAGUCCUGAAGAGAAAGCGAGGAUUCAGCGGAAAUUGGUCAAAUACACGAGGAAAUAUCUACAACAAAAAGAAAAUAGGAACCCUCCUUGGGUGCCUACGCAGAAAAUGGCUCGAAUGUUGUACAGCAGCGCAUCAGCCAUGAGGAAAUUCCAAAGGAAAGCUGAAUGUAUGGGCGUUGACACACAUGCGCUCGAGUUUCAAGAUGCACAGAUGGCAGCUUUAAAGGAUGUCUCCCGUCGUUGGCAUGUCCCACCUGCGUUUUCAGUGGAAUUCGUCGGGUACUACUUGGAGAGGAACAGCCGUGUGACGUCACUGCGGCGAUCGCUCGAGCGUCUUACGAAGGAGAACGAGAAGUUAUUAUCUGAAGAUGAACAUUUGAGAGUUGAUUACGAUGAGGCAUCAGCAGAAAACACAGAAACACUAGCAAAACUGACGUCAACGCGACAAUCCCUCCAGAAAACCUAUGACGCAAUCAUAACGCUGUGUCCUAAGAAAACUGCACCGGCGAUAUUGGAGGACAAACCACUGUUGCCACCUGUCGUACAGCGGUCAACACCCAAAGUUACUCCGCAGCAGUUGCAGAAGCGGUCAAUGUCUGUGCCUACCGCGGCAGCACUUAAGAUGGGCGUUGGUUUUCCUCUUAGCGACAACCCGGACGCUCGCCAAGGAAAAGUAUUAUCUACAUCUUUGGAAGCGACGACGGGCGCGUUGGCUGCGCGCGAGUGCGCUGUGUGCGCGCGCAGCAGCGAGCGACAUUUGAUGGCCGCCUGCGACACCUGCCGCCAGCACUACCAUUUGCAUUGCUUGAAGCCGCCUUUGCAGCGUCCGCCUAAGAAGAGCAAAUUGUAUGGAUGGCAAUGUUCGGAAUGUGAUAAGACGUCCGAUUCAGAGCCCGAAGUAAUGGAGAAGAAGGUACCACGUCGAUCACGCAUUCGAUACAGCAAAGACGGAGCUAUCAUCCAUGAACCACUAAGUCCUAGCUCCACACCAAAUUCCCCGCCACCCAAACCGAAGCCAGAGAAAGUACAUAGAGAAAAAUCCAUCAAAGUUGCCACUUCUUCGUCGGAAAAUGUUUCACCGAUAAAAGUGACGAUAAAGCCGUUCGAGUUUAGCAGUGAUGGAAACGAAAGUUCCGAGAUCAAGAUUAAGAAAGACAAGAAACUUAAAAAGUCAAAGUCUAAGGAACAUCCCUCCACCUCGGGUGGUGAAGCAGAAUCUCCUACUAAGAAACUAAAACGUAGUUUUACUUCUCCAGCGCUCACGAAUACACCUCUAAUGUCAAUAACUCCUCUCGUUGCCGACAGUCCCAACGAUUCCCACAACGAGAAUUCGAAUGCUUCAACCAACCUUAUUACUGCUAAGUCGGACAACGUAACUCAAAACCUGUCUUUCUCUUCCCUAUUAAACGAAUCGAAGGAAAGAGACAGCAAGACUAUCGAGACGUCCAUUGAAAAUACGUUGGCUAACUUAUCUUCGGAUAUUGCUACGUAUAAAGCAAAUAGAAAGAGAAGGAAGGAGAAACACAGGUCAAGAUAUUCUCCAGAUUUGCUGCGAUCGCCGUCAAAAUCUCAUAAGCAUAAACGGAAGAAGAAGACUCAAGAUAUGGAAAAUCCAAACCCACCACAUCCGAGAAUAACAAUCAAGAUCAAACCGAUCCCGAAGCCCGACGGCUCAUUGGACACUCAGAUGUUCUACGUGCCAACAGAUAGUAACGACGGUCCUCCGCCUGCGGUUAUGAGGAAACUUUCCAAGCAGCAUGCCGAACAAGCGGCGAAACAGACUCCACCACCUGUGCUUGCUGUAGUUCCCCCGGCUGUGGAAACACCAGUACCAACUACGCCGCUUUCACUACCUGAGGAAGGAAAAUCUGUAGCAACUGUCACUAAGUCUAAGCGGUCGCGUGUGGGUCGGACGCGGACGACGACAGGAGGCGACCCGACGACGCCGCCGGCCGCGCUGACGCCCAUGACGCACUGUGACGUCUGCACUCAGCCCGGCGACGCUGCCAAUCUUGUCAGAUGUGACGAGUGCGCUAAGCGGUACCACUUCACUUGUCUAGAGCCUCCGCUUAACAAGAAUCCGAAGAAACGCGGGUACUCAUGGCACUGUGCUGAUUGUGACCCAACGGAUGUCGAAGAAAACAAGUAAACAUAGGAUCUAACAACCUGCAAGAUAAACAACUUACAAGUAUUUUUUAAACGUAUAAAUGCGAUUUGACGUGAAAUGAUGGAAUUUUUUAUCUAUUCUACUUUAUUGUAGUAAUUUACGUUUACGUAGAGCAUU